AUGGCCUCGGCAGGCCCCUUGCAGGCCGCUUCAGCCGCGCAGCAGCUCGCCGCGGUCCCCUGGGGAACAGCAGCAGGAGCUGUCAGCACUGUGCAGUCCCGCUGGAGCCACUGCUCCUGCUCAGGCGACCUGAGUCUGCCGCCGCCGCAAAAGGUGCUGGUGGAGUACGCACCCGCCGAGGUGGACACCUUCAUAGCCUUUGCGGACGCGGUGGAGGAGGAGUUUGAGGGGAUCAUGGUGGACGGCGUGGAGGUGGAUGGCCCGUCGCACGCCUUUGACAUCAAGCUGGAGGAUGGGCAGCUGGUGUUCAGCCGGGACGCCGAGGCCAGCAGCGGCCUGCCAGAGUACAGCGACCUGUUUGCGCGGCUGCGCCUGGCGGGAGUGCAGCCGGCUGCCAUGUGA